CAAUGGCAGAAGCCAAGCAAGGAGGUGCAGGGAUCUUUGCCAAAAAUGUCCAGAAAAGACUUUCACGUGCACAAGAAAAGGUCCUUCAAAAAUUGGGAAGAACCAUAGAAACCAAGGAUGAGAUGUUUGAGCAAUGUGCUUAUGAGUUUAACAAGCAGCAGAAUGAAGGUAACAGAUUGUACAAAGAUUUAAGGACUGUUUUCAGUGCUGUAAAAGCAAUGCAUGAAAGCUCCAAGAGACUGGCAGAAACACUUCAAGUCAUUUACAGAGCAGACUGGGAUGGGUAUAAUGACCUCAAAGCAAUAGUAGAGAAUAAUGACCUUCUGUGGAGUGAUUAUGAAGAGAAGUUAUUUGACCAGGCUGUGCAUACCAUGGAGAAUUACCUGUCACAGUUCCCUGAAAUGAAGGAGAGGAUAGCAAAGAGAGGGAGAAAACUGGUGGAUUAUGACAGUGCAAGACACCACUUAGAAGCUCUACAAAACGCAAAGAAGAAAGAUGAGGCCAAAAUCACAAAGGCAGAAGAAGAAUUUAAUAAAUCUCAGAUGAUCUUUGAAGAUUUAAACAAAGAACUAAGGGAGGAGUUGCCAGUUUUAUAUAACAGUCGGGUUGGAUGCUAUGUGACCAUUUUCCAGAACAUAUCCAACUUAAGGGAUGUCUUCUAUCAGGAGAUGAGUAAGCUAAACCAUGACCUAUAUGACGUGAUGAGCAAACUGGAGAAGCAGCAUUCCACCAAAGUAUUUGUCAUUAAAGGGGUUAAAAGUAACAGAAAUUCUUUGAUGAUCUCAUCUCCUAUAAGUUCUACAAAUUACUUUUUCAUGGCUUCAGUAGACCCUGGAGUAAGUAUUUCCUCAACAGAAAAAGAGAAGAGCAAGAAUGGGUCCCAGUCUUCUAUGGCAAGUGACGCCCAGGAUUCCUCCACAGAUGGCAACUCCUGUGCUUCAACUGAGGAGGUGCAAACUGACCCGUCUCAAGAAUUCGCUAAAGAAGAAUGUGGCAAACAACCCAAAGAAUCUCCAAAUGAGAUUAUGGAAAGUACAACAAAGGAAGAUUCAUUGGAGUCAAUAGAACACGUGGAUUUAGAAAACACAAUUGAAAGCAAUUUGACAGAAAAUAGUUCAGAAAACAUAGCCCAGAAUAUGAGUGAAAAAUCUUCAAAGCAAAGUUUUGAGGUUGAAGAUGAUAAGAGGUCUGAAACCAUAAUACAGGGGAACAAUGCUAUUCCAACAAAAAAGGAAACAACGGACAAUGCAUUAAGAGAAUCAGAACACAGUACUGAGUUGAUCACAAGUGCACAAGCAUGCACAGAAGCAGGUAAUACAACCCAGCUGGACACUGUAGACACAAUAGAUAGAGAAUCUGUGGAAAGGAUCGCACGUGAUGUGACUCCAGAGAAUCCAGAGACAGAUAAAAAGGAGCACUCAUCAGAAGUUUGUACAGAGAGUACAACCAUCCAACAAAAAUCCGGCACGGUGAUGACAGAAAAUGUAGAGAAUUCAGCAGAAAAGACUCCCAUGGACAAUAUCCAAGGAUGCUCAGAGAACAUAACACAGAAUGAAUCAGAGGAUAAAAUGAAAGACUGUUCCACAAAAACAGCAGUGGCUGACACUGAAAGCAAAGAAUAUGAUGCACAGGAUUCUAUUUCUGGAGCACAGAACACCGAUAACAAAUGUUUAUCAGAAGAUAAAAGUACGUCUCAAGACAUUAUAUCUGACAUUGUGACGGAAAAGAGUAACGCAGGAAGACAGCUGGAUGUCUGUGAUGUAGAGAACAAAAGUUCUGAGACUGGAAAUGUUGGCACAUUAGCUGAAAGUUCACAACCUGAUUCAGGUGUAGAAGAACAAAUGAAGGCAAAUGAUGGCUCCAGUACCAGCACUAGAAUGUGA